AUGUUACGAACUGACAGAGGUAAGAAUUUCAUUAACCUGACCAUUUUGAAGACAAUCCAAAAAGACGAGGGACUGUACCACUGUGGAGUCACGGAGUGGACUAACACUAAAUGGAGCGGGACAUAUUUGUUAGUAAAAGGAAACACUGAAAAGACAUCAAACUAUACUGUUGUUCAGGGGUCAACAGUAUCUGAUCCAGUCCAUCCAGGAGACUCUGUGACUCUCCAGUGUUCAAUCCUCUCUGACUCUGGGAACAAGACGUGUUCAGGAGGACACAGUGUUUACUGGUUCAGAACCGGAUCAGAUGCAUCUCACCAAGACUUCAUCUACACUGAUGGAAGUAGCCCUGAUGAAUGUAGAAAGAAAUCUGACAUUAAUUUGUCUCCAAAGAGCUGUGACUAUCACUUCUCUAAAAUCGUCAGCUCCUCUGAUGCUGGGACUUAUUACUGUGCUGUGGCCACAUGUGGAAAGAUAUUAUUUGGAAAUGGAACUAAACUGGAAGUGCAAACAACACAUUCACUAUUUAUUGGAAUAGUGAUAUUAAUAGUCUGCUUGGCCGUUUCUGUUGUUACAAAUAUCGUCCUUAUCUGCAACCGAAGUCUAAGAGUACGUGAACAAAAUAAAGUGAAGUGUAGCCACACCUGCGACUACUUUCGCCUUGCCAUCUUGUCGUCUUCUCCAUGCUUCUCCACGCAUGGCACAGUGGGGAAACAUGUUUUCUUCCCCUAG